GAACAAGAAAUACAAAUCACUUGUGAUUCCAUCCACGCCGAGAAGCAAGCUCAUACUGCCACCUUCACAUUUGAUAUCCGACCUCAAAUUUGAGCCAUGUGACCCUGAGCAUCUGGCAGAUGAUGAAGUGGAAGUAGAAGUAAGAGCUUACGGACUAAACUUUCUUGACAUGCUGAUGGUAACCAAGCCUGAUCCUGUUUUCGAAAAAUUCAAUCACUUCGGAAUGGAUAUUGCAGGCAUUAUUACCAACGUGGGAGCAAAGUGUAACCAUAAGGUAGGGGAUCGGGUAAUCACGCUUCGUAAGAGUGGCGUCGCUUUACCGACCCAUGUCGUUUCCAAGGAAGUAUUAACAAUCCCGAUCCCCGUUGAUAUGAAUUUCGCAGAUGCUGCUACAUAUACCGUGGCAUUCUUCACCGUAGAAACCUGUCUAAACGAAUUAGCAAAAAUUACAAGGGACGACGUUGUCCAUACAGCGUCUGGUGGUGUGGGUUUGUGCGCCAUACAGAGUGCGCAACAAAUCGGUUGCACCAUCGUAGUCACUGCAGGAAAUGAAAGAAAACGAAAUUAUUUGCGAAGUCUGGGAUUGGAGCAUGUUUAUAAUUCUAGAAACACUAAUUAUGGACGGGAAAUCAGGGCAGCACUGGACGGGAAGGGAGUAACCGUGGUUCUUAAUUCUUUAACUGGGGAGGGAUUCAAAGAAACCACGCUCGAGUUAUGCGAUCAAGGCGCAAGGUUUAUUGAAAUGAGCAAAAUGAACGUCUGGAGUGAAUCAGAUGUAGGAAAAAUAAGGCCCGAUGUAUUCUACAGAAUCGUUGAUAUUUUAGCUCAACCCCUUGCAAAUUGGGCAUUGUUGGGCAAGAAGUUGAAAGCUAACUUAUUUAAGGAGGCUAACUUUGCCAUAAAACCUUUGCCAUACACCACAUUUAAUGCAACUGAGAUUAGGGAGGCAAUUGAGCACAUGAGAGAAACAAAACACAUUGGAAAAAUUGUGGUAGCAAUGCCAGAAAUACAGAAGGGAUCAGCGCCUCUCCAAAAGUUUAGCUUCCCACUUUUCAAUAAUAAAUCGACCUACGUGAUUUCCGGAGGUUUGGGUGGAAUUGGAUUGGAAGUUGCGAAAUGGAUGGUCACCUCAGGGGCGAGAUAUUUUGUCCUGCUAGGAAGGAACCAGCCGAAGAAGGCAGCCCAAGACAAAAUUGAACGAAUUUGUAAACAAGAAAACGAUGUUAGAAUCCUUGUUGAGAAAUGUGAUGUUGGAAACUUUGCAGAUGUUGUUCGAGUUUUUGAUGAAUGCGCUGAAAAAAUGCCACCCAUCAGGGGAAUUAUGCACGCGGCUGCCGUUUUGGACGACUCAACAUAUGAUAAUCAGACAUGGACCAAAUACAAAAACGUGUUCAAAAAUCACUGGAGCCUGGAAUUUGCAUAAAAUCAGCUUACAAAAUCGAUAUCCGCUGGAACACUUUGUUCUCUUUUCUUCGAUAUCAGCUACCUUAGGAUUUGUUGGGCAAAGUAAUUACGUUGCCGCAAAUCAAUACUUGGACAGCUUGGCAGACUAUAGGAAUUCACAG